AUGGCCUUGGCAGAGCAGCUCCUCUCGAAGACUCGAUCCCGCACUGCUCCGAGGCAGGAACCUUUGAUCCCAGCGCAUAACGCGCCCACCAACAAGUACACCCCCGCAGAACUUGCCGCAAAGAAGGUUCGCAAAGAGGAACGCCGCCAAAUUCGCGAAGCUCGCCGACUAAAGAAGGAGGAAAAGGAAAUGCGCAAGCGUCUCAGAGCUCAGCAGUAUGAAACAAAGUUUGUCGAAGUCGAUGUGCAACCGAACGACGACAAAAAAGAGGCGAAGCUGUUCUCCACCGACCCGCGUUCUUGCAGCGAUGAACGUGGCGAGCAUUCUCAAACAAAAACCGACCGCUAUCGCUCUUCAUCCCCUCGUCGCGAUUCAGCAGCUAUUUCGGAAGGUCUGAAAUACGGCCUUCACAUUCCAAAGUCCGGCACCGGUGUCGCCGUCACCAAAGAGUUCACGCCGCGCAAUCGAAGCGAGCUUGUCAAUAGCAAACAUGACAAUGCAGGGUGCCGCUCUCCCGUCCGUGAUCGUCGCCCAAAGUCUGAGGGUGCCAGGAGACCACCACUUUCGCCGGUCCUGCGAGACAGGGCCGAAGAGAAGAGGCGCCUUCUCAAGGAGAUGAAGGAAGACGCCUUGCGCUUGGAAGACCAACGUCGGGUGCGAGCGCAAAAACAUGUCCUCGAUGCCAAUCGCGAACGCGAAGACUUGGAUGAGCGCUUCCGACAGCGCAAGUCGAACCUCAGUGCCUGGAAGAACGAGCCAGCAGCAACGUUUGCUCGAGAAACAAUUUCUGGUAAUCGCUCGACCGCCGACCGUAUUCGCCAACGCAGAGCAUGGGCUACAAACACUAGCAACGCGCGGUAUUAGUCUUGAGAUUCGCGCGCCGUCUGAAUCCAAGCUUCUGCAAGUGGAUUGGAAAGACGCAGGUAUGAUUUCGUCCGAGCAGCGGAUCAUCUCGUGGGCAUCUUUAAGCGAAUACAAAGACAAUAGACAAACUACACAAAGAUGGCGACUCCCACUGUUAGAAUACGUAAGAAUUUGAGAAUUCGAUUAGCGGCAUGUUUUGAAUGUGAAUAAAUAGCUAGUAACAGUCG